AACCACAUUUAGUCCAUAUAGCAUGGCAUCCUCAUUCUCUGUUCAUCCCAUCUCCUUAUUCUCACGGGCUGCAACCUUUGUUUCUUUUUACGCUACUUGUACCAUUAUCGCUAUCUUUCUAGUAGUGCCAUCUUCGUCAAUUUUGGAAACAGAAGUGAAGGCUCUCCUUGAUAGCGGAUGGUGGAACUCCACCGCAACUGCAGGCAACAACAUCCCCGGCUUUGGCUCCGGUUUAGGUCACUGCAAGUGGGGUGGCAUAACCUGUAAUGACGCUGGUAGUGUCACUGAAAUUUCCCUACCUUAUUCUAUCCCCAACCCAAAUUUUAACCCUCGCAUGAUUAACUUCUCUUCUUUCCCAAACCUGGAACGUCUGGAUCUCAGUAUGAAUGGUCUCCAUGGGAGUAUUCCCUACGAGAUUGGUGCUCUACAAAAGCUUAAGUACCUUGACCUAUCCCAUAAUUUUUUUUCCGAUGUGCUUCCACCUCUUUUCUUCUCUAACCUCACCCAACUAGUGGAGCUCAAUCUUUCUUACAAUGCAUUCAAUGUUUCCAUUCUCUCACUCAUGAGUAAUUUGACAAAUUUAAUUUCUCUAAAUCUCAAUGACAACAGUCUUGCAGGACCAAUCCCUUCGUCCCUUGCUCUCUUGAAGAACUAGAAGGAGCUGCACUUGGAUUCUAACAACCUCAUUGGUCCACUCCCUUCUUCUUUGGGUGAUUUAACGAAUUUGACGUCUCUAUUUGCAUAUAAUAAUCAUAUCAAUGGUUCAAUCCCACUAGAGAUCGGAAGUUUGAAGAAGUUGGAGCAUCUAGACUUGGGUUUUAACAACUUCCUAGCUCGAAUUGUUCCUCUAGGUCAUUUGAUCAGUUUGAAGACUCUUUACCUCGAUUCUAACAAUUUAAUUGGUUCCAUCCCUCCACAAAUAAGGAAUCUGAGGAAUUUGUCUUUUUUCUACCUUCCACGGAACAAGGUCACGGGUCCAAUCACCCCUUUGUGUCAUUUGACUAAUUUGAAGAUUCUAAACCUUGCUUCAAAUCAAAUAAGUGGUUCCAUUCCUGUAGAAAUAGAGAAUCUAAGGAAUUUGUCUGAACUCAGCCUUGCUCAAAACAUGCUCAUGGGUCCAAUCUCUCCUUUAUUUCACUUGACUAAUUUGAAUAGUCUAAACCUUGCUUCAAAUCAAAUAAGUGGCUCCAUUCCCCCAGAAAUAGGGAAUUUGAAGAAUUUGAAGGAUUUAAUCCUUGAAAACAACAUGUUGGUAGGUCCAAUUGCUCCCCUAAGUCAUUUGACAAAUUUGAACGUUUUGUUCAUUAGCAAUAAUAGCCUCAUAGGUCCAAUCCCUUCAGCCUUUGCUCAUCUAGCCAAUUUGACAUACUUGGACCUUUCCUCUAAUAAACUCAAUGGUACCAUACCACAAGAGCUUACCCAAUUAACCCAACUUCAGUACCUUAAUUUGUCUUCGAACCAACUUGUUGGCCAAAUACCAAGCAAAAUGGAAGGACUUUGGAAUCUUCUUUCUCUAGACUUCUCACAAAACAACCUAAAUGGGCACAUCCCAAUUGAUCUGAAAAAUUGCUCCAAAUUAGAGAUCUUACUAUUGAGUAGAAAUUUUUUGAGUGGAAUUAUUCCACCAUGGAUUAGAGAACUUCAACAAUUAUCUACUAUCGACCUUAGUCAUAACAUAAUAAGUGGAGGGUUACCUUUGGAACUCAACAUGUUGGAAAAGUUGGAGUCAUUGAAUCUCUCAUAUAACAAGAUCUCUGGAACCCUUCCGUCUUAUCUUUGUCAUUUGCGUGUCAUUGACUUAUCGCAUAAUUCCCUCAAUGGACCAAUACCAGAUAGCUUCUGGGAUUAUAAUGGACCCAUGCAACUAAUUGGCAACAAGAACUUGUGUGGUAAGAUGAGACCUUUCCCUCCUUGCCUUUCAUCCCCUACACCCAUUGGCUUCAUGUACAAAACAACGAGAAACAUAGGAAGACACCAGAAGUCCAUUUUUAUUCCCAUCGGCAUAUUCAUAUCUCUCCUUGCUCUUGGAUUUUUUUUCCUAUCUCAUCGAAAGAGAAAGAAAACAAAAAAUGAAGCAAGUGUCACUAAGAAUGGAGACAUAUUUUCGAUAUGGAAUUAUGAUGGUAGGAUUGCAUAUGAAGACAUUAUUGAAGCAACAGAGGACUUCGACAUCAGAUACUGCAUCGGGACAGGAGGUUAUGGUAGUGUUUAUAAAGCACAAUUGCCUAGUGGGAAAGUGGUUGCUUUAAAGAAACUUCACCAUUUGGAAGCUGAGGAGCCUGCAUUUGAUAAUAGUUUUAGGAAUGAGGUUCACAUGUUAACUCAUAUUCGACAUCGAAACAUUGUGAAGCUUCAUGGAUUUUGUCUACAUAAACGAUGCAUGUUUUUAAUUUAUGAGUACAUGGAAAGGGGGAGCUUAUUUUGUGCCUUGAGGGAUGAUGAUGAAGCAGUGAAGCUAGAUUGGAUUAAGCGCGUCAACAUUGUUAAGGCAACAGCACAUGCUCUAUCUUACAUGCACCAUGAUUGCAUCCCACCGAUUGUUCAUCGAGACAUAUCAAGCAACAACCUACUUUUGAACUCUCAAUUUGAGGCUUUUGUCUCAGACUUUGGUACGGCCAGGCUAUUAUACCCUGAUUCAUCCAAUCGAACAAUAGUUGCAGGCACUUAUGGAUAUAUUGCACCAGGUGGAUUAACUUGCCUACUCCAUGGUUGUUACCGAAAAGUGUGAUGUUUAUAGCUUUGGGGUGGUGGCACUAGAAAUAAUAAUAGGUAGGCAUCCAGGAGAGCUACUUUCCUCAUUGUCAUCUCCAUCUACUAAAUAUAUAAUGCUCAAUGAUGUGAUAGACUCACGACUUUCACCUCCAACCAAUCAGCUAGUUGCAAGUGAACUUGUUUUUGUUACAAAACUUGCUCUUGCUUGUGCACAUGCCAAACCAAAGUCGAGGCCAACAAUGAAGACUAUCUCUGAGGAAUUUCUUGGUCAACAAAAGCCAUUAACCAAACCAUUUCAUGAAAUUUCAUUGUCGCAAUUAUGGAACCAAUAAAUUUGUUUGGUAUGUGCAAAUUGUAGUAGUCAAUAAGGAGUUAAAAUCAACAAUGCUCAUAUUAUUGUUCUACACACUUGGACUUCAAGUCGAAUAUAAAAAUAAUUGUAUUA